GGCUUAUAAGGAGAUUCAAACACAUUUUGCUAUGCUUGAAAAGCCCUUUGAAAAUUUGAAUUCAGAAUAUAAGCGGACAAAGUAUUGUGAAUCAAUUGGACUUGUUGAACCACAAGAAAUCAAGUUAGGCAUCCGAUAUGAUAGUCGUCUCAAUAAAAGAACUAAGCAGUAUGAACAGAUUGCUAUUGAAGAUACAUUUGUUUACGUUCCCAUUUUAGAUUCUUUGAAGCAGCUUUUAAGCAAUAAAGAUAUAUUGCAUUUUGCUACUCAUGACCAUAAGAGCACAGAUGGUGUAAUGAGAGAUUAUUGUGAUGGUUCACAAUUUGAGAAAACCCCUCUUUUCCAUGAAGAUGAGAAUGCCCUCCAAAUUCACUGUUUUUAUGAUGAUUUCGAGACUGUGAACCCCAUUGGUUCAAAAACAAAAAUUCACAAGAUAGGUGCUUUAUAUUUCAUUUUGAAAAAUCUGCCACCAAAGUAUAAUUCCAAUCUUUCCAAUAUCAAUCUUAUAGCUCUAUGGUAUGCUGAAGAUGCCAAGAAAUAUGGAUUUAAUGCUAUUCUCAAGCACAUUGUAAAAGACAUUAAUAUCCUGUCAACAGUUGGCAUUGCUCUCCCUAAUGGAAUUGUGAAGAAGGGGACCAUUACUCAAAUAAGUGCUGAUAAUCUUGGUGCUAAUUCCCUACUGGGAUUUGUAGAGAGCUUUUCUGCUCAUUAUUACUGUCGAUUAUGUGUUACAAGUAAGGAAGAGGCACAGAACAAAUUCAAAGAGGUUUCAAUGGAUAUGCGCACCAGGCAGACUUAUGAGCAACAUUUAGAAGAAGCUGAAGCUCAAACUACCCAGUCACAUGUGUUUGGAGUGAAACAAAAGACUGUAUUGAAUGAUUGUAUUUACUUUCAUGUCUUGGCAAACUUUUCACUAGAUAUAAUGCAUGAUCUUUUGGAAGGCAUAGUUCAGUAUGAGCUGAAACUUGUUCUAGAGUAUUUCAUAUAUGAAAGGCAACCGCCCCUCUUGUCCCAAGAUGAACUGAAUCAGAGAGUCGCCAGCCAUUGCUUAAACCGUACAGAUAACAAGAACAAACCAUCCUUUAUUAAACUUAGGUCAGCUAGGAAUGAUGUUGGACAGAAGGCUAUGCAAGCAUGGUGCUUGAUUCGAAAUCUGCCAUUCAUAAUUGCUCAAGACAUUGAAGAAGGAAAUGUCUACUGGGAAUUGCUACUUAGAUUACUAGAUUGUAUGGACAUUAUUUUUGCUCCUCAAUUGACAGCAGGCUUGAUAGCCCAAUUGUCUAUUCUUACUGAAGAACAUCACACACAUUUCCAGAAAACCUUUCCUGACAGAAGGUUGUUGCCAAAACACCACUUUAUGGUGCAUUAUCCAACGUGUUUGAGAGAAGUUGGGCCACUCAUACAUGUAUGGUGUAUGAGGUACGAAGCGAAACAUCACUAUUUUGGCCGUGUUGCAGAAUCUGUGCGUAAUUACAAAAACAUUUGUAAAUCACUUGCCAAAAAACAUCAGACAGCACGUUCCAUCUUCAGUCAAACCAUCCUUUGGAAUAUCUGGAGGUUGGGCCAGGUAGUUCACUACUUUUGUCAGAUUUAG